AGAAUAUCGUUGUUUGUUUAUAUGUUACGUCAGAGCAAGUCAAGGUCUUAAAUCUUCAGAGUUUAACGGAUUAAGUCUGGCAGGCAAAGUCGCCGGUGAUCGAUUCUGCGCGGAUCUGGCUAAUCUCGAAUGUGCCUAACAUCCUAGCGACUUUUUCAUCAGACCUACUUUCCAUUAAAGACAGUGUGCGACACAGUCCUGCUGACGGACCGACCCGAGCGGACAGGCGAGGGGAGGAGCACCCGAUAUUGACAGUUGGCCGGAAUAACGAAGAUCUCCUCGGCGCAGAAGUGGUGGAUUGACCGAGGAGCAGCUCUUCUUGCUCUCCACUAUGGCUGACACUAAGAGGAAAUUCGACUUUGCCAUUGAUCGGGGUGGCACCUUUACUGAUGUGUUUGUCCGGCUGCCUGAUGGUCGUGAGAGAGUCCUGAAACUGCUAUCCCGGGACCCGCAGAACUACAAAGAUGCUCCCACUGAGGGGAUCCUCAGAGUCCUGGAAGAGGAAACAGGGCAGGUGUUCCCUCGUGACCAGCCUGUAGACACCUCUUUGAUUGGCUGGAUCAGAAUGGGCACAACAGUGGCAACCAACGCUCUGCUGGAGAGACAGGGAGAGAGAACUGCACUCCUGGUCACUAAGGGCUUUAAGGACUUGCUGCACAUUGGCACACAAGCCAGGCCAAACCUAUUUGAUUUGGAGGUGGCUGUGCCUGACGUUUUGUAUGAGGAGGUAAUAGAGGUGGAUGAGCGAGUUGUUCUCAUGCAAGAUGGCUGCCAGCUGCCCAGGAAAGAUUCCAAGCGUGUUGUCACAGGCAGCACUGGGGAUUCUCUGGAGGUGUGGAAAGAGCUGGAUCUGGAGCGUGUAGAAGACGACCUGAGAGACGUUUUGUCCCGAGGGAUCACCAGCCUGGCUGUGCUGCUGCUACACUCAUACAUAUGGUCCAAUCAUGAGAAAGCAGUGGGCGCCCUUGCUCGACGUCUGGGCUUCACCCAGGUAUCUCUUUCCAGCGAGGUCAUGCCCAUGGUGCGGGUAGUGCCUCGGGGCUACACCGUCUGCGCAGACGCCUACCUCACACCCAAAAUUCAUCAGUAUUUAAAAGGAUUCACCUCUAGCUUUAAGGACGGCCUGAAGGAUGUGGACGUCCUGUUCAUGCAGUCAGAUGGAGGUCUGACUCCCAUGGAGCAGUUCUGUGGUUCACGGGCCAUUCUCUCGGGCCCGGCAGGAGGUGUGGUUGGAUACGCCAUCACCUCUUACAGCCAGAUGGAGAAGAAGCCUGUGAUUGGCUUUGACAUGGGUGGAACAUCCACUGAUGUGAGCCGGUACGCAGGCCAGUAUGAACACGUGUUUGAAGCUGCCACGGCCGGAAUCACCUUGCAAGCACCUCAGCUGGAUAUUAACACUGUGGCUGCAGGUGGAGGGUCACGGCUCUUCUUCAGAUCAGGGAUGUUUGUCGUUGGACCAGAGUCUGCAGGUGCACAUCCAGGACCGGCUUGCUACAGAAAAGGUGGCCCUCUGACUGUGACAGAUGCCAACUUAGCCCUGGGUCGCCUCCUCCCUUCCUUCUUCCCCAAGAUUUUUGGGCCCAAGGAAAAUGAACCUCUGUCUUUGGACGAGACCAUGAAGCAUUUCCGUCAUCUCACCCAGGAGAUCAACCUUUUCUUGUCUUCUGACCAAUCACAGAUUAGCGCAGAUGGGGCCAACCAGUCACACAACAGCAUAUUGCCAAACAGCGAGAUGAGUGUGGAGGAGGUUGCUAUGGGAUUUGUUCGUGUCGCUAACGAGGCCAUGUGCCGGCCGAUCAGAGCUCUAACACAGGCCAAAGGCCAUGACACAUCUCUCCAUAUAUUAGCAUGUUUCGGGGGUGCAGGUGGCCAACAUGCAUGUGCCAUUGCCCGAGCCCUUGGGAUGAAAAAUGUCUUUAUACAUAAGUACAGUGGCGUGCUGUCGGCCUAUGGUCUGGCUCUAGCUGACGUGGUGGAGGAGGUGCAGGAGCCAUGUUCACUGCAGUAUGAGCAGCACUGUUUCAGCGAGCUCGACCGCCGGAUAGAGCAGCUCUCAAAACGCUGUCACGAUGCCCUCAGUGCACGUGGCUUCACCAGCAGUCAGAUAACCAUUGAGGUUUUCCUCCAUCUGCGUUACAAAGGCACCGACUGUGCUCUCAUGGUCACCGCUGCUGACCACCCCAGCAAUGCCCAGUCCUGUCAAGCUGGAGACUUCCACAGCGCCUUCACCAAACGUUAUAUGAAGGAAUUUGGGUUUACCAUCCCAGAGAGACCCAUCCUGGUUGAUGACAUUAGAGUGAGGGGUUGUGGGAAAUCUGGCAUCAAAUCAGUGUAUAAAACAAAGAUAGGACAUGGACAGGCCACACCACUCACGGUGACCAAGUGUUACUUUGAAGAUGGUUACCUGGACACCAGUGUGUAUCUAUGGGAAGAGCUGCCAUGUGGUCACAGCAUCCAGGGACCAGCCAUCAUCAUUGACAAGAACAGCACCAUCCUGGUGGAGCCAUGCUGUGAAGCCCGUCUGACAGAAGGGGGCGACGUUAUCAUGACUGUAGGCUCUGAUCCUCACUGUGCCCUGGGGACUGAGCUCAACGCUGUGCAGCUGUCCAUCUUCUCCCACCGCUUCAUGAGCAUAGCAGAACAGAUGGGGAGAGUUCUCCAAAGAACCGCCAUCUCCACCAACAUUAAGGAACGUCUCGACUUCUCCUGCGCAAUUUUCGGACCAGAUGGUGGCCUGGUGUCUAAUGCACCUCACAUCCCUGUCCACCUGGGUGCCAUGCAAGAGACUGUCCAAUCUCAAAUGAGAUCUCUGGGGGAGAAACUGAAAGAAGGGGAUGUGAUUCUGAGUAACCACCCGUGUGCCGGGGGCAGCCACCUCCCAGACCUCACAGUCAUCACACCGGUGUUUAGAAAAGGAGUGAGCAGCCCAGUAUUUUUUGUAGCCAGCAGAGGACACCAUGCUGACAUUGGUGGCAUCACACCGGGCUCCAUGCCCCCCAACUCCACCUCUCUUUUCUCUUCCUUUAAACUUGUCACUGGUGGGAUCUUCCAGGAAGAGGCUGUAACUGAAGCUUUGAUGGCUCCAGCCAAGUACCCAGGCUGCUCUGGGACUCGUAAUCUCCAUGACAACCUAUCAGACCUACGGGCUCAAGUGGCAGCCAAUCAGAGAGGCAGCCAGCUGGUGGGGGAAUUGAUUGACAGCUAUGGACUAGCUGUGGUCCAGGCCUACAUGGGAUACAUUCAAAGUAAUGCAGAGCUGGCAGUAAGGGACAUGCUGAGAGACUUUGCACAUCAACAACAGGAACAGACUGGCUCCUUGGAAGUGGAGGUGGAAGAUUUCAUGGAUGAUGGAACACCAAUCAGGCUGCGAGUCCAGAUCAGUGAAGAGGAGGGCAGUGCAGUGUUUGACUUCACAGGGACAGGAACAGAGGUUUGGGGGAACUGCAAUGCUCCACGGGCCAUCACCCUCUCCGCUCUUAUCUACUGCCUGCGGUGUAUGGUUGGACAGGACAUCCCACUUAAUCAGGGUUGCCUCUUACCGAUCAAGGUCAUCAUCCCCCCUGGCUCAAUUCUCCAUCCUUCCCAGAAUGCAGCUGUGGUUGGAGGGAAUGUGCUUACAUCCCAGAGAGUGGUUGAUGUCAUCUUUAGGGCGUUUGAGGUGUGCGCUGCUUCACAGGGCUGCAUGAACAACAUUUCAUUUGGCAGCGAGAGGAUUGGUUACUAUGAGACAGUUGCUGGGGGAGCUGGAGCUGGGCCAGGCUGGAAUGGGAGGAGUGGAGUCCACAGUCACAUGACCAACACCCGCAUUACUGACCCAGAGAUUCUGGAGAAGAGGUAUCCAGUGAUUCUAGAGCAGUUCUCCCUGCGGCCUGGCUCGGGAGGUGCAGGAAAAUACCGUGGUGGAGACGGUGUGAUCCGGAAACUUCUGUUCAGGGACAAGGUGGUUUUGUCUGUAUUAACCGAGAGGCGAUCCACCCGCCCCUACGGCCUCCAGGGGGGUGAGGAUGGUGCCGCAGGGCUGAACCUGCUCCACAGAGCAGACGGCCGAAUCCUCAACCUGGGAGCAAAAACUAGUGUCAACCUUGAGCCUGGGGACACAUUCUGCCUCCACACCCCUGGAGGGGGAGGAUACGGAAGAGAAGAGGAAGGAACCCAAAGACCUAAAACAAAGCGUAGGCGCAUAAAUGAGACUUUCUCCGAGCGCGGAAGCGUCUUUGAAUUCCGAACUGUACAAGAGGGAGUGUGAAAAGAAAUGAGUUAAAGGAAAGUGACUAAGAGGAAGAAAAAAAGCAAAGUGGUUGAUUCUCCAACUAAAGAUGAACAUGGCACACAGACUGAAUUGCAGCAAAAUGGGCAGUAAAUCAAGAUAUGUGGAACUUUUCAAC